AUGAAGGUGGUGGUCACCAAGGUGCUGUGUCUGCUGGGCAUCUGUGUCCUCGUGCUGGCUGGGUCCCUCCUCCCCGUCAGGAUAAUUGAGGCCGAUUACGAGAAAGCUCAUCGCUCCAAGAAG